GAGGGCUAGAGAGGCCGGAAGGGCGCCGAGGCUCCGGGUGCCCUGGCCGCGCCCGCGGGGCAGCGCCUGGUCCUCCUCCUGCGCCUUCCCCGCGGCCCGGGGGCGUGGAAGUGAGUCCUCCCGGGGCCGCGGCGGCCGGGCCGGGGCUGUCAGGUGGAUGCGAUGGAGCGAGGGGAGGGCCCCUGGGUGCAAGGCCGGGAGCGGGGCGGACGGAGGGCCGGGCGGCGGCCGAGCCCGGCGCCGGGAAGGCGGGGAACGGCCCCAGAAGGACCUUGGGAUGGACGAGGAGGGCGUGCGACAGCCCACUGGGCCACCCACGAAGAAGAAAUUCUUCAUACCCCUGGACGAGGAUGCGGUCCCUCCUGCUGGGGCCAAGCCCUUAUUCAGAUCCACACGGAGCCAUCCCACCGUGGAGACCUCGGCUCAGGCAGCCCCUCAGACCUACGCAGAGUAUGCCAUCUCGGGACCUGCAGGAGGAGCUGGAGCCACGCAUCCUACCGGGCCAGAACCCCAGGCAGGCGAGACCCCCAACCAGGCCCUCAAACCAGGGACAAAAUCUAACAGCAUCAUCGUGAGCCCCCGUCAGAGGGGCAACCCCGUGCUGAAGUUUGUGCGCAAUGUGCCCUGGGAGUUUGGUGACGUGGUUCCGGACUACGUGCUGGGCCAGAGCACCUGCGCCCUGUUCCUCAGCCUCCGCUACCACAACCUCCACCCGGACUACAUCCACGGGCGGCUGCAGAGCCUCGGGAAGAGCUUCGCCCUGCGUGUGCUGCUCGUCCAGGUGGACGUGAAAGACCCUCAGCGGGCCCUCAAGGAUCUGGCUAAGAUGUGCAUCCUGGCCGACUGCACCCUGGUCCUUGCCUGGAGCCCUGAGGAGGCGGGGAGAUACCUGGAGACCUACAAGGCCUACGAGCAGAAGCCGGCGGACCUCCUGAUGGAGAAGCUGGAGCAGGACUUCGUGUCCCGGGUGACCGAAUGUCUGACCACCGUGAAGUCGGUCAACAAAACGGACAGUCAGACGCUCCUGACUACUUUUGGGUCUCUGGAACAGCUCAUAGCUGCAUCCCGGGAAGAUCUGGCCUUGUGCCCGGGCCUGGGGCCCCAGAAGGCCCGCAGGCUGUUUGAUGUCCUACACGAGCCCUUCUUGAAAGUGCCCUAAUGACCUCAGUUGCCAAGGAGGCCCUUGGUGUAAUAAUAAAGCAUUUUCCCAGUCCAGA